AUGGAUAAGCGACCAUCAUUUCUUGGUCGAGGCCGGGGAAGGGGACGCGGAGUUAAGGAAAAUGACACAAAUUCAAGGCAACGGUCAGGACGAUUCGCCGGGAAUUUACAGUCCCAAGUCAACUUGCGUUCCAGUAGUAGGGGUUUAAUUACAGCUGGAAAAUCAUCCGAGACUUAUGAAGUUUCUAAGGAGAGAAUGGAAAAAGCAGAGGAAAUAAAGAAAGCUGCGAAAAGAUACAUGGAAAAAGCAGAGGACGAGUUUGAAGACUCUUCAGAAGACGAGGAGAUCAAUGACGAUGAAAUAUUAAAUAACACUUUGAAGAACUACAGGCAUACUUCUCAAGGUAUUGAUACAUUUUAACAUUUCAGCUGCUGUUUUGGCGAUUUUAUGCACGGUAGAGUGCAAUGUACAAAGUUUGAUUGUUUUGGUCAUGUGGGGACAUUCCAUUUUUUAUCCGCGCCCCCUACAUAUACGUAUUUAGGGUUUUCAAAAAGGGGGUUAGGAUUUUCAACAUACCCCACCCCCCCCUCCCCCUUGGGCAACCCCCAAGUAUUUGAUCUUUUUAGACAGGCCUGCUCAAAUUCCUAUAACCUUAGCCCAAUUAAAUGCAGGCAAAAAACUUGCAACACAAAAUUUUAAUGCCAAAUUGCACUAAAAAUCACAGUUGCAAGUCUUCCUGUAUAUUGGCCUCAGUAUCUGAGCAACAUAAAUUAUGACACAAGAAGUGCAUCCCUGCAACACCUAAAUCCCAGUAGCUUUAGAAUAAAUUUAAGAAAAUUCUGUCCAACAGUUAUAGGGUGCUAUUAUUGGAAUCAUAUUCCUUUGUCUAUAUGUGAAAANUUGAUCUUUUUAGACAGGCCUGCUCAAAUUCCUAUAACCUUAGCCCAAUUAAAUGCAGGCAAAAAACUUGCAACACAAAAUUUUAAUGCCAAAUUGCACUAAAAAUCACAGUUGCAAGUCUUCCUGUAUAUUGGCCUCAGUAUCUGAGCAACAUAAAUUAUGACACAAGAAGUGCAUCCCUGCAACACCUAAAUCCCAGUAGCUUUAGAAUAAAUUUAAGAAAAUUCUGUCCAACAGUUAUAGGGUGCUAUUAUUGGAAUCAUAUUCCUUUGUCUAUAUGUGAAAAAACAACUAAAAAAUUGUUUAAAAGAGCACUUUUCAACUAUUAUCUUGCUCAGUAUUAAUCAUUGCCACACCAACUCUCAAAUGUUAUAUUUUUUAUGUGUGUGUGUGUGUAUGUGCUUUUCUUUUUUUCCUCUCUUUUGUAUAUUUUUUGUAUAUUUUUCAUAAUUUGUAGGGUUUAUACUUUUCUCUUUUUUUCUAUUUUAACCUAAAUAAAACUGUAAUCUAAUCAAAGGGCAAUUAAGUAUAUCCUGCCCUCUCCAUUUAUUCUUGUAACCUGAUAUUUAUUCUAAAAAUAGCAUCUUCAUCUUCAAAUCUUGUAAUACAAUAUAAAUGGCUUGUAAAAUAAAUGAAUGGAGGAAAAAUAAACAAGUAAACAAAUAAUUGAUAAGAGAUCAAUAAACAAUAAUGACAACUUCUACCGAUUAUGAGGCAAAUUUUGCCUCAUAAACAGUAAUAAGACUUCAGGUCCUGGUUGUUCAAGCACUGGAUAGCACUUAAUCCACUGGAAAAAUCACUAUCCAGUGGAUUAGUAUAUAAACAGGGAAAUCACUUGUGUUAUUCAGUGGAUAGAGAUUUAUCCAGUGGAUAACGCUAUCCAUAUUUUCAACAGCUGGGCCAGAGAACUUGACUUUUUGAAUGGUUUGCGUUAUAAUUGAACUUGCCUUUUGGUUAUGUCAUUUUUUUUAUCACAACUUCUGCAGUGCAGUUAUAUGCAUGUAUCUUCUAUUGCAGAUAAUGAAUCAGAUCUACAAAAAGCUGCGCAAUAUUUACUGGAAUCAUGCAAACCUGGUGCUAGCAUCUGUUUAAUUUGUAUCGCUUCCAUCAAGCACAUUGAUGCUGUGAGUUUUUACUUAAGUAGUUUUCAGUAGUUCCCACAAUAUUUUCAGGGAUGAAAGUUCCUAUUGGUCCUGAAACAGCAGUACAUAUACUCAGCAUUGCACCAUCUGGUAUAGAGUGGAAUUUUCUUAGAACAAGGCACAUUGUACUCACCGUGCCUCAUUUACAAAACUACUAAUGAAGUUGAAACAUAAGAUACUGGUUUGAGGUGUACGUGUUGUGGUUCAGUUUUAUCCUGGUGAAAAAUAACUAUAUUCCUUGUGUUUUGGGGUAUGUUAAUUUAUGAUAAAAUAAUAAAAUAAUGGCUGUCCUUCAUUGCCGAAGAUGACUGUCUUGGAUUUGAGUUGAGGCCUGUCUUAAACAGGUUCUCGUGUGGGCAGUCAGACCCGCUCGGGAUCUGCAGUAACCCUGACAAUUGUUACAUUGAAAACUGCUUGAAGUAUCUGCCAAAUGUCCUCGGAAAUGUGCACGCUGAUGUUCUUGCUGUCGCUGCUAUGAUAACAAUCUGAACAAGGAUAAAAUUGAGCUCAACAAAGAACACUACCUAUGACUCUCUCAAACAUUGUAACAUUGUUGUUACCAUCAUCAUCAUCACCAUCAUUGUCACCAUUAUCAUCCUCACAAUCAUCAUCAUCAUCAUCACCAUCAUUGUCACCAUUAUCAUCCUCACAAUCAUCAUCAUCAUCAUCACCAUCAUUGUCACCAUUAUCAUCCUCACAAUCAUCAUCAUCAUCAUCACCAUCAUUGUCACCAUUAUCAUCCUCACAAUCAUCAUCAUCAUCAUCACCAUCAUUGUCACCAUUAUCAUCCUCACAAUCAUCAUCAUCAUCAUCACCAUCAUUGUCACCAUUAUCAUCCUCACAAUCAUCAUCAUCAUCAUCACCAUCAUUGUCACCAUUAUCAUCCUCACAAUCAUCAUCAUCAUCAUCACCAUCAUUGUCACCAUUAUCAUCCUCACAAUCAUCAUCAUCAUCAUCACCAUCAUUGUCACCAUUAUCAUCCUCACAAUCAUCAUCAUCAUCAUCACCAUCAUUGUCACCAUUAUCAUCCUCACAAUCAUCAUCAUCAUCAUCACCAUCAUUGUCACCAUUAUCAUCCUCACAAUCAUCAUCAUCAUCAUCACCAUCAUUGUCACCAUUAUCAUCCUCACAAUCAUCAUCAUCAUCAUCACCAUCAUUGUCACCAUUAUCAUCCUCACAAUCAUCAUCAUCAUCAUCACCAUCAUUGUCACCAUUAUCAUCCUCACAAUCAUCAUCAUCAUGAUCAUCAUCAUCAACUUCAUAACCAUAUAUUAUUAUAAUAUUAUAUGUCAUGAGGGAAAAGUCUGAAAAUAUAUUGUUCUUUUCAGGUGUGGACCUGUAGCCAGUGUUUCUCUACUCUACACCUUCAGUGUAUACAGAAGUGGGCCAGGGAUGGUGCGGCAUAUACUCAGUUGAAUUCUCAAGAAAAUAUAUCUCCAGCUGAUAUCCCAUGGCACUGGUAAAAUAAUUUUGAUAAUUUAUCAACAGUCAGGACUGUCAUCAAGGGCUGAGGGACAGGGAUUUUCCCAAGGGCUACUAAGAAUGUGGCCCUUGAUUUCUUAUUGGAUAAUAGAGAGGAGAAUUGUGGCAUCAUGUUACCAUGGUAGCAAAAUUUCUGGAUCACAACAACUGGAGGCUUAGCCAAUGAUGAUGGCGACGGCAGUGAGAACGGCAAAAAAGCAAUAGGUUUAUGUUAGCAAAACAAGAAAAUGAAAUUGAAUAAGAUCGAUGGAAGUUUGAAGCAUUGCAAAUUCACUUUUUAAGGGAUAUUUUCAGUUUGUUGACAUCCAGAAAAAUUUGCUACCAUGGCAACAUGACGUAAAUACUUCUCCUGUCUAUAGAAGAAAGAUAAAGCCACCUUGAUUCCCCGCCUACUUGUUGUAUUUACCUGGUGUUUUAAAAUCUUAGUGACAGCCCUGAACAGUAUUCUGAAAUGCCAGCCACCUCUUUGCCCCAGCCUGAGAGAGUCUCUUACUUGGCUUCCUGUUGAGGGGUAGAGCAAAACGAUGGCAGGCAUUUCAUAAUCAGACUACCCUGAAUAGUUAUUCACAUGUAUGUGUCAAAGAUGCCACAGUAGUGAGGUGACUUUUUCUUAAUUUUAGCCCAAAGUGCAGAUAUGAGUUCAAACAAUCAGAAUGUCCCACAAGAUAUUACUGCUUCUGUGGAAAACAGGUAACUACAUCUAUUCUAUUCCAGUUUGAAGAACUUCACAGUUAGUGAACUCAAACCUGAGUAUUUUGCUUUUUGUAGGAAUUAUAUCAAUAAUAUUCAUUUGGUACUGUUUUUUUUUUUAAGGAAAAUCCCUCUUUUGAUCCAUGGCUGACACCACAUUCCUGUGGCCAGUCUUGUAGCAAGCCUCUCAAACCUGACUGUGGUCAUGACUGCCUGCUGCUUUGUCACCCUGGUAUGUUGCUUGUUCAUCAUUACACCCCUUAAAUUAUUAAAUUAUUGAAGUUGUGAUAUAACUAGUGUCUUUCUAACUUUUGAUUCUUUGGAUAAAAUUCUCUGAUGUUACCAUGGCCAUUCAAUUAAAUCUCUUUGGUAGAAGUUUACUUAGUUCAUAGUUCAUAGGCAAGUCAAGUUAAGAAAAAAUAACAUAAAAAUGCUUUACUACCCAUGUUAAAGUACAAAAAAGGAGUAUAAAUGGCUACAGUGACUUACCACCAAGGCAACACCGUAAUGGAUAUAGGACAUUAUCCAGGGGUUCGGGUGAGAAGCAGUAAACUAUUCUUCUGCGGCAUAGGUGCUCCAUCCAAACUGUUCGAGGUAUUGUGAUCUUAUGCGUGACUUGUGAUCCCAUGCAUUUACUAUAUUUCGUAACGCUUGCACUCGGCUGGAUUCAAGUGAUAAUUUGGUAAAAAACACCAGAAAUAUAAAACACAGAAUUUUGCACCUUGUGAUCUCAGAAUGUUGAUAAAUGUAAGAAAAAUGAACAAAGAUAACUUUUAAACCAUAUGUUUUUAGUGCAGUGCUUUGCGUUUUUGUGACGCUUUCAGUUGCUUGAAACUGACAGUGCACGUACCCCCAACUAAUACAUAGUCAUUAACAUUUGGGAUCAAAAGGUUCAAAAUUCUGUGUUUUAUGAAGCAUUUCUACCAAUCACUAGAAUCAAGCCGAGAGCAGAAAUUAUGAAACACAGUAAAUGUAUGAGAUCACAUGUCAUGUGUGACAUCAUGAUGCCUCGAACAGUUCGGAUGAUCCGCCUGUGUUCUUCAAUAGCUGCUUCAAGUUUCUUAAAGCAUCAGCCUUGUUUGAUACCUAUAUGUUUAUUAUUGCAGCCUGCUUAAUUUGUCCCUUGCAGGUCCCUGUCCUCCUUGUCCUAAGACUGUGCGGGUGUCUUGUCACUGUGCUGCACAUCCUCCUGUUGUAAGACGCUGCAGUGCUAAAUUGUGGUCAUGUGGAAAACCAUGUGGAAAGCGCUUGUUUUGUGGUCAUCAUAACUGCGAGACACCAUGUCAUUCUGGUACGUACUCAUUUCAAAGUUGAUCCUUGUUAAUUUUUAUUUGGAUUUGAUGAACUGUUAUGAUUGAAUUGAAAUGGAUGAAGCUUCUUUAUACUUAAUCUUUUUUUAUGAUUUUAGGUGAAUGUUUGCCAUGUCCUAAGGAAAGUUUACAGAGUUGUCAAUGUGGUAAAAUGAAGAGUAAAAGACCUUGUGCUAGCCCAGAAUGGCAGUGUGAACAGGUAGUGUGUCACUGAUCAUGCUUGCACUGUAAAAUACAGUCUAAUCUCUAGUCAUAAGCAACCACCCACGAAGACUUAGGUUUUACUUCAGUAAGAAGAUUACUAACCACGAUUGACCCACUGAGUAAUUUUCAGCUUGCUUUUCAUUUUGAGCAGAUGUGGACAGUUACAACAUUUGGAGAGCAUGGUGUAAUGGCUCAUAUGCUAUGAUGGCUAAGCCAAUCAGAGCUCUAAAAUUACAUUGUCCAAUGAUUCUGUUUUUAAUAAUUAUAUUUAGUAGCUGGUCCUGAAUUUCAGUGAUGCAGAGGUGUUGUGUGGAGGAGAGUAAUAUUAAAGCAAUGGGAUGUGGAAGCAACUCAAGAACAGACUGGCCUACCAUUGUAUUUGGUUCUAGUGUCAGAUACAUAGGCAGAGUGAUAAUUUAUUUACAGUCCAAAGGUGGUGAUGAAACAUGCCCUGUAGGAAGACCGACAUGUGCGUGGCUCAUUAUACAUUCAGAAUCUGCCCACCUUCCCCUCCCCUAAGCCAACAUUUUGCCCGAAGUGAGAAAUAAGUGUUAAUGUCGGCUUAGGGGAGGGGUAGGGGGCAGUUUCCCAACAACGCAUUAUGAUCCAUGUUUGUUGGUGUUUGUCUGGCUGCACAUACCCUAGGCCUUCUGUGGAAGUCUUUGGUCUUAAUAUGUACUUCUAAAUCCUUUCAGGUUUGCAACAAAGUCUUGUCGUGUGGUCAUCACCGAUGUGAGAGGGUGUGUCACGCAGACAGCUGUGGUGAUUGUCCAAGAACAGGAAAAAGGAAAUGUCCCUGUGGACAAACUUGUGAGUAAAACAGCCAUUUUUAUUAACAACUUUUUUUUAGUGAUACAUAUAAACAAAGCAUAUAUGUUACAGGUCGAAACUAAUUUUACGUUAAAAUAUUUUAAUAACCUUCAUCUUGGCCCAGCCAUAAUUAUGAAUGAAUAAGAGCUAGGAGACAAAGGUUAUUGGGACUCAACCACAUGAUUAAAAAAUUUUAACCUGAAUUUUGACCUGCAACUUAAUAUUAUUAUUAUUUAAAGCUUAAGCCAUUCAUCUCAUUCUGAACUUUCAGCUUACACUGUACUUGUUAUGGAUCCUAGACGUAUACAGGAUAUAUAAUUCACACAAUUUUAUAUAAUAAUGAUCUGUUAUAUUUACUUGUCAGGGCAAGUUUAAUCCAGCUACGCACUGUUUACAUAAUGCAUCCUUAAUCAAAAUAUAAAUACAUUUAACACAAAAUCUCUGACUCUUACAGCUGUUUCAUUGCCCUGCACUGAAGAUGUUCCAACUUGUGGUGGUACGUGUGAUAAACCCUUAGCUUGCGGCAGACAUAAAUGUACUCAGCAAUGUCACACAGGAUCAUGUGGCAUCUGCAGGCAGUUGGUGACCAAAACUUGUCGUUGUGGCAAACGUGAAAAAGAUGUUAUUUGUUCACAGGAGUUCUUAUGUGAUUUAAAAUGCCUUAAAAUGAGGCAAUGUGAACGGCAUCAGUGUAAGAGAAAGGUGGGAUUUUAUUCUUAAGAUGUCUGAAUUAUUAAAUGGAAUAAUUUGUGUGGAGAGAAAAAAUUCAGAAAAAGGUUUCUGACUUCCAGAUGGCGAUUGAACCCACAAUCUUCCAAACACUGAUCAGAUGCUCUAACCACUGCUCAAGCUACUGGGAACUCCAUGCAGUGAUGAGCAGGUCAUUUGUGAACUGACAUGAUGACUGCAUCACACAGUCACAUUACGACAAAAGAACAUACAAAAUAACGGCAUCGCACAGUCAUGAUGUCUGAAUUAUUUCAUAAAAUACCUGUAGCUAUAAAAAUCCUAGAAACCCCUCCAUUCAAUUAGCAGCCUUACUGUCCAUGGUGCAGAUGAGGUUGGAGGAGGGGAGAGGGGAGCUGUUUUUGCAGCAAGCAGUGACGCUUCUCUUCAGCUUUCUGGUGAUGUUCAUAGUAUAAUAUUAAAUUUUACGUAUUUGCUUUCAGUGCUGUGGUGGUAGUUGCCCUCCAUGUGAACAGACUUGUAACCGAACCCUGAAUUGUCGGAAUCACAAAUGUCCAUCACAGUGUCACAGAGGUAAUUUAUGUAACAAAUUAUCAUUUUUUUGUUGUAAGAAAAGUGAUAGAGAAAUGUCUUACAGCCUUAUUAUUCAACCAAUCGUUCUAGAGGUAUUCAAAAAUAUGCUUUUACUUUCCAUAUGGAGCUUUGGAAAAUUGUUUACUCUCUAUAAAUAAAUGUUAGUCAGGCAAUUUCUUACUUUGCUUAAAGGUUCCCUAGCGGUUCACUGGUGGUUGGGGUCCUAUUUAUAACCAGUGUCCAUUUGUUCAAAGAAUAAUAAUACUGUCUGCCAUUUAAAUCACUAACUUAAGUUAUUCCAGUAAAACCAACUGUUCUCUAAAGAGGUAUUUUUCAAACAGCCCGUACAUGCAGUGUGGGUACAGAGGAUUAAUGACAAUUCAAUUUAAUAUAACAUGAUUGCUUGUAGGCCAAUGUUACCCCUGUCCCCUGCCAGUGGACAUAAAGUGUUUCUGUGGUGCAACAGUGUUAACUUUACCAUGUGGCCGUGAAAGAGUCACUAAGCCACCAAAAUGUUCUGAACUUUGCACGUAAGUGUUUUUAUCUUGUUCUUCUUUUCCCUGCUGGAGUACAUUUUAGGAGGAACAUUUGAUUUUUACUGUCGGAAACUAAUAAUUCUUAUCAACUAUUCUGCUGGCUUUUGUCCUAAUUUAAUACCCUGGUUUUAUUUUAUCGAUCUAGACAUCCUCCAGAUUGUCAUCACAAACAACGCAAGGUUAGAAAAGGUUGAUAUUAAAAAACAGAUAUGAUGCGUAAUAAUGGCAGGCAACAAGUUGAGCCCGCAAUCCCAAUCUCCAGGCUGCUUUUAUGUGUGCAUAGCACACAUGUAGCCAGCUUUGUGUGGACUUCCACUAAGAAUCAAUGGAAUACACAGAAAGAAGAAAUGCAAUCUGGCCAUGCACAUUUGGACCUUCUAUCACUCGAAAUCUGAUCUUGUGUGUUUUCACCAUCUACCGCACACAUUGUCCUGCACACUCCAUAAUAAUAAUAUGGUUAUUAAUUUAUAUUAAUAUAUUCAAUUUUAUACAAUAUAAUCUAUGACACUCGAAAAAUAAUAAAGACAAGGAGGGUCAUUGGGCAAAGGUUUCCUUCCACGAUACGUACAAGAUAUGUAAUUCGCAAGUAUAUCAUUGCUUUGAUCACUGAAAGAAAUUCCAGGUAUUUGAAAAUUCCCUUGAAACAAGUGAGAACUCAGUUAUUCUAUCUCAGUAAGCAGUCAUUAUUUGAUUUAAAAAAAUUAUCUUUUAAGGAUAAAAAGCAAUGCUAUUAAAACAUGAUGUUUUGGUGAUAUCAAAUGCGAAUGAAAGAGACUAUGAAAUGAUAUGUGAAGGAAAUGAAGGUGUGAUACACAACAAAACAUCAUGUUUUAAUAGACAGUGUUGCUUUUUAACCUUAAAUGUUUCACAAAAUGUUUCGUUAAAUCAAAAAUUAUCUCCUCAUUGUUUUUAGCCUCAUCGCUGUCAUUAUGGUGCAUGUCCUCCCUGUAGCCAACGCUGCGAUCUUGUACAUCCUUGCAGGCAUACCUGUCCUGCCCGUUGCCAUGACAACAGACCUGAUCCAUCUAAAGUCCCCAAGGUCAGUUCUGUUUUAGUUUUAAAGUUGUGCAUGCUAGUGAAUGUUCAUGAACUAAGACUGCUCUCAAAAAUGACCAUCCAAUAUCAUUACAAAAAUAUUGGAAAUGUCAUAUUUUCAUAUAAAGUUGUCACUUUAUUUCAAAUCAAGUUUUUUCUCUUUCAUUUCAACUUAUAAAUCAUAGGGUAAGGAAAACGACAAUGAAUAUUGGUUUGAACAAAACCAGGCCUUAUAGUUCUCAUGAGUCUCCUGUAACUUAGUUGUAGAGCACCUGUACUAGUACCCAGUGCAGAUGGUGAAGUCGUAUGCCCGCAUCUUGUUGGGAGAACUCACAUUUUGUUUCUGAGUCAGCCAUGUCACUGACUGAAAAAUGUCAUCUUCAAAAGGCAGAUAAUGUGACAGACACUUAGCUCUCCUUAGGGUUGCCACGGUCAGGGAAAGGUCAGGGAAAGUCGUUGAUAUUGUCAAAGUCAGUGAAAAGUCUGGGAAUUCUUUUUUCCGGUUUAUAGUUCAUAAGUUUUCUUCAAGAUUUUGAAAUGCAUUUAUCUUUUGGAAAAGCUGAAAAGUAUGCUGCAAAGCAAGCAAAGUGAUAAAUUUGACACUCUGCACCUUGGGACACAUGUAGUAGUUGUGGUCAGUGGUUUUCGUUGUGAAGCUUUCUUCCAAAUUCCUUCUCCCUCUUUCUGCGAAAAGCGGAAAGAGGUUGAAAAUGAAGAGAAAACUAUCAAUGGCCUGCAAAAAAAGCUAAAGUGAAUGUAAACAUGGAUUGUUUCUCAUUAAUAAAAGGUCAGUGAAAACUGUUUAAAGGCCAGUGAAAAGUCAGGGAAUUUUUAACUUUCUGCUGAGUGGCAACCCUUUCUUCUCUUGCAGCAAAUUAUUAGUUCUGUUUGCAGUAGUUAAAUUUUUAUUACAUUUGUGCUAGUCUGCAUGACUAACUUUUGAGCUUGUUAUUUUUAGACACCACUCAAUGGUUGGCCAGCUGGGUUUAAGUCUGCCUCAAAUCCUGCUGAGUUUGUUCCGAUGCCAUGCCCACCAUGUGCUGUUCCAGUUGAAAAGUGAGUAGUUGUGCACUCUGACCCAGCCAGACCUCCUUUCCCAUUUCCAUUUUCCAUUUAUAUUGGUUAGUUAAGGGCCUGUUUACAUGGAGGUGGGGACCCCAGGUAGGUGAGGUAACCCGCCUGUCCAUGAUGAUAUAAUCUCUCAUUUUAAUUUGAUCACAUUUACAUGAUAGGUGGGGUGACCCGCCAAAUGUUGCCUCAUCUACCUGUGAUCCCCGCCUCCAUGUAAACAGGCCCUAAGUCAGAUAAACACAUAAACAAACUAAGUGAGGGCAAAGGACAUCCUUUGUUUCAAUCACUUUCCAGAAUCAAUCCAGCAACAUUUUGUACUUUUAGGCUUAGACAUGUCAAAUUCACUUUUCCAGUCUGCAAUGCUGAGCACUUUUAGAUUGACUUAGCUAUAAUCUAGGAUAGGAAUUAAAAUGCAAUUUUUGCAUUUUAAGUUUUUACUCACUAGUUAUUUUUAUAAAGGCCAUGUAACACUUGUUAUAUACCUUUAUUAGUGAAAUAAAGAUUAUUAUUAUUAGACAGUGGCAUUUUCUAGGAAAAAACUCUAAUGUAGUUUUCAUUUGAAGUGUCACACCUACUUAAAAAAGACAAAUUUUUAUUUACAAAUUUAAGAGAAAUGUCAUCAUUGUAAUUUAUUUAUAACUGUCAUAAUAUGUCAUUCAAAAUACUCAAACAGGUGGACUCUUGAGUGUGAAAGGAUAUCUUCAAUAGGAAAAUAUAUUUGUCAACAAUAAGCCCAGCAUGUGUAAUGUUCCAUACUUUACUUUUUAAUGUUUCAAUUAAGCAUUUAAUAUUCUUUUUAAAUUAUGAUAGGAGCUGCUUUGGAAAACAUGAGGUAUGUGGUCUACAUGUAUAAUAUUGGGUUUUUCAAAAUUUAAGUGUAGUGUUUUAUCAUAAAUUAUUUAUUAAUAUAAAAAAGCCUAAGAAUAAAUUUCUUUGUCAUAGGUCUCCACCCUGCCAUGUCACUCUGCCAAACCAUUCUCUUGUGCACAAGCCUGCGGACGACAGUUGCCAUGUGGAAACCACACAUGUCAGUUGGAGUGUCAUGUUGUCAGUGAGGCAGCCACGAAUGACCAAGAGGUAUGAGUAAUUAAAAUAGCAUUAAUUACUGUAGGUUAAGUGUUAAGUUAUGGAAAUACAUCCUCACCUUUCAGUACAUAUCGCCCCGGACAGAAAAGAAGUGCACUGUGAGUUAUUCAAGCCUCCAGUCUCCCCUUGAGUACCAUAAACUGCCACUCACCUUUUUAUAGGAAAUUAAUGAUGCACUUUAUUAAUGCGAUUUUAAAAAAUUGCUUUAAUUUAAUGCAUCUUAAUUUACAUCUAUGUUAAUUUAAAUCACACUAUUUUACAUUAUUGUUGAUUUACAGCACCUUUAUUUUUCAAUAACAAAACCUCAUCUGCCCAUAGUUCCUUUAUCAGUAUACUGAUCUUGUACUUUUCAGAAGAAUUUAGAUCAGUGUUUAGUGACCUUCUGAAAUUAAACCCCCUUGAGGCAAAAAUUAAUGAAAACAACAAAAUCAUCUCAUGUUUACAAAUCUUUCUGACCCUUUAUUAAAAACCUGAGCCAUGUUAAUAAAUAAUAAAUAACAAUAAAUGUAUUGCUUUUUGUACCUGUUGUCUUAAAGUGCUCUCCAAAAUAGUCCUCAAUUCCUCAACACUAUAUUAACUGUAGUCAAUAACAGUAGUAUAAUUAUAGUUAUUGAGAACAUUUCACUUACCAGUAAUUUUUUUUGUCUGUUGUAUAGGCUGGUAGGGAAUGUCAAGUUUGCGAGGAACCUUGCACCAAGCCACGCCCAGAAGGAUGCACCCAUGACUGUCCACUACCAUGUCACAAAGGUGACAAUUUAACUGUCAUAAAAGAAUAAUGAAUGUUAGCUUUCUGAGAGAAACUGCAGCAAUGUUUAAAAUGAUUCUUGCAUGUGAAAACUGAAUUGAGGCUGACUUUAUAUUGAUUGUUUAUUUUAGGUGAUUGUCCAAGUUGUAAACAGGUGGUAAAGUUGUUAUGUCACUGCAGACUGAUGCCAGUUUAUGUGUCUUGCAGGUAUCAAACAUCUUAUUAAUUUGUAAUUAGAGACCUUAAGAUACACCAUUCCUGCGUGUAUGGCUAGGUUAACUUCUUACCCCAGAGAAAUGGCCAGGCUACAGGUUAGGAUGGUGAUGCAUUUAUCACAUCUGGGAAAUCAUGGUUACCUUUUAAAUAACUACGUAGCAGACAUGUCCACCAGCACCUACCUGUACCCAUAGCCAGAAAUGGUGUAUCUUAGGGACUCUAUUGUCCCACAGCUAUUAGCAUUUUUUUCAUAACGCUUUAUGAUACAGCAAUUCCUAGAUUUUGUAUAAGAUACAGUUGAACCCCGCUUUAUAGACACCCACUUAAUACGGAGUCACCUCGUUAUUACAGACAGUUUUUUUUUUCCUUUAGGAAAGCAGUUUACAUUUUCUCUUAAAUAAUUCAACCCACUUGCAGUGCCACCGGGAAAACCGUGAACACUUGAAAUAUUUCAGGAAUGCAUUUUGUGUUACGACUAAUCACAGCAAAGAUCAGCACAUGCGAGCAAGCAUUUCCUGAUUAAUGUUCUUGCUUGCAGUUUAGUUUUCUCAUGCCUGAUUGGCUUUUUUCUCACAUCACAAUAACAUUCCAGAAAUAUUUUUGGUGUUUACAGUUUUCCCGGUUGACUGUAAUACGGACAUGUGUUAAUGCAGACAACUUUUUUCUUGAUGUUGAUGGUCAAUGUUCCCAGUGCUGUAGUAUACCAGAUAGGAUGAACUGUGGAUGACAAUUUUAGUGGCCAAGGCUACUAAACUAGGUUCAUGUCACAAAAAUCCUGCAUAAGUAGAAGUACUGCUAGGACAAGAAUGCCGAUGUGUGCUUAUGUGUGAUGGUGAAUUCAGAGCCAAGUGAAUAUGUAAGAAAGAUAAUUUUUCAAACAGUCUCAGUGGAACUUUUCUUUUCUCUGCCAGUGAUACAAAGUACUUUUUACUGAAGAUUAUAUUCCCACUGGUCACCUACCACCUCAUUUGAAUGGGAUUCUAUGCCCAUUUGUAUUUUUCUCACUGUUUACCUCAACUUCCAUUCAUUUUAGCGAGCUGACUUCAUCAGAUGAACAAACACGUAAUGAUCUAACAUCCUGUAAAAAUCAGUGCCCAAAGAACCUUGCUGCGUGUGGUCACCGCUGCCCAUCUCUAUGCCAUGCCGGGUCCUGUCCCUCACCCAAGACAUGUAGUAAGAAAACUGCUGUAAGAUGUCCUUGCAGACGGAAAAAGAAAGUGAGCUUGUUUUUAAUCUAGUAAAGUAAAAUUCUGAAAAUAAGCCCCGGGGCUUAUAUUUUGUAAAGGCCCUUAUAUGGAGGGAAAUUUGAGUUUCAAAAUAGAUUGGGCAAGCCUUAUAGCUGGAAGUAAAUUUACCGUUUUUGCUUUGUUUUACUUUGUAUUUGAGGGCAAUUUUCCAAGUACAAUCCCCGGGGGGCUUAGAUUUGGAGGGGCAAUUUAACGGAGGGGUUUUUGCAUUACGAGUUUGGGGAGCUUAUAUUUGGAGGGGCUUAAACAUGGAGGGGCUCAUUUUUGGAAUUUUACGGUAUCUGUUAUGAAUAGUUAUGUUCCAAAGAGUUUCUCAAGCUAUCUGUUUCCUGCAAUUAUAUAUUUACUUCCAAAUGAACUUUGUUNCUAUGCCAUGCCGGUUCCUGUCCCUCACCCAAGACAUGUAGCAAGAAAACUGCUGUAAGAUGUCCUUGCAGACGGAAAAAGAAAGUGAGUUUGUUUUUAAUCUAAUACAGUAAAAUUCCGAAAAAUAAGCCCCGGGGCUUAUAUUUUUUAAAGGCCCUUAUAUGGAGGGAAAUUUGCGUUUCAAAAUCGAUUGGGCUAGCCUUAUAGUUGGAAGUAAAUUUACUGUUUUUGCUUUGUUUUACUUUUUAUUUCAGGGCAAUUUUCCAAGUACAAGCCCCGGGGGGCUUAGAUUUGGAGGGGCAAUUUAACGGAGGGGUUUUUGCAUUACGAGUUUGGGGAGCUUAUAUUUGGAGGGGCUUAAACAUGGAGGGGCUCAUUUUUGGAAUUUUACGGUAUCUGUUAUGAAUAGUUAUGUUCCAAAGAGUUUCUCAAGCUAUCUGUUUCCUGCAAUUAUAUAUUUACUUCCAAAUGAACUUUGUUGGUAUCUGUGAGUAGAGGAGAGAAUAUUCAGGCUUUUUUUCCAAAGUCAAAGCAAUGUUUACAGUGUAACUAACUCCAAAGGGAACACCCAACCAUUAAUCAGGCAAUCACAGGUCAGACUGACAAGAAAGGAGUUUUAGUUUAGUAGUUCAACAGUCAAUCAAAAAAUUCAUAGUUUUGGUCAGCGUGAUUAAGAAAGUGCAAAAAAUAUUACUCGAUUGAUUUCAUCUAGUUUUUGAGAAAUCUCUGUGACAAAAAAAUCUGUUUAUAUCCUGAAACUGUGCUGAGAAAUAGGCUAAUGUUUUGAAGAAACUCUACGAGGAGGUAAGGUUGUUAAAAACUUAAAAAUAAAUCAAUUAUUGGACCCAGCUUUUGUGUAAUAUGAAGAUUUACUCAGAUCUCCGAGGCCUCGACAUCCUCUGCGUAAGUCAGCCCCAUAAAAUAAUAUUGUCAAUCAUAACUAAAGCAAAUUUCUCAAAUCUGAUUGGCUAUCAACUGUCCUGAUUUAUAUAAAUACUACGCAGUCGUCCGAUUUUGUUAAUCACUCGCAUGAUUACAGACAGAAUUGGACUCCACCCAGUCCUAUUAUCAUUAGUAAUAACAGAUUAAUUACAGAACGUCUUGUUCAGCAUUCCAGAUAAAAAUGAUUCAUAGGUUUCUGCUUUAUGUGUUUUCUUAAGGAUUUCCCUUGCCAUGUGGUCCAGAAAGGUGAAGCUAAAAUGGACUGUGACAAAGACUGUGAUGCAUUUAAAGCAAGUGAAGAGAAACUGGCCUCAAAGGAAGAUGAAAUCAGAAAAGAAAAAGAGCGUAAAGCACAGCAGGUAAUAAAUUCUUCUCUCCUACCGCUGAUCCUUCCGCCAAUUCUUUACUUUUACUCAUGCACCUGUCAGAAAAAAAAAUACUUGUUCUAAGAUGGUUAGUUUCCAGAGCUAGCAAAUCUUGUAGAAGACUGAAUAAGUUCUAUACUGUCUUUAGUUAAGCAAUUAUUUCAAUAAGGUCCUCAUUAUUUAUGGCUUCACUUUUUGGGACAAAUUUUUCUAAACUCAGGAGAAGUAAUAAAGAGUGUUCCAGUUAACAAAAGGGCCACAAUGGCCACAACUACCAUGACCACAAGGACCACAACAGCAAUAACAACGGCAGGGAUUGAAGGGCCUCAAGAACCACAGGCACGUAGCCUGUGUAGCAAGCAUUUCCAUGUGGUUUCGGAGCAAAGAAAGACCGAGGAACAAGAUUUUCAGCUUUGGUCACGCGAAAAAUGGAACGAGAGCCAACACCACUCUUUUACUUGCCCCAUUUUUCCUGUGAUCUUUGACUCUCGUUUCUUUUUCUUUGCUCCAAUUUGACCCGGUAUAACAUCUCGACCUAACAAUGUAGCAACACCAAGAAAGGUGGGGCAGAAUCGCUAUUUCAGCAAUAAAACCCGCUUCGAAAACAACUCCAAAUUUCAUAUCAUUUGGCACACUCAAAUAACUCCAUGCUUUUGACAUGUUAUGUGUCAUCUUGUUGUCCUUGAUGGAACCAAACUCGCACAAGUGAGCCAAUCUCAUUGCCAGAGCCUCCAUUACUUUUCUCCAGCGGAAGAGGCAUCCCCCUGUUACUGUACAAAAGGUUCGCGGCCUCUGGGAACGAGAUUGCAUAAGAGCCUGCGCAUAGGCUAGAACCCGGGUGAUGCAUUAAGGGUGAUGCAUGUGCACAUAUAAUGUAAUUUAUUCAAAAUCGAGCUGAAAAUGCAGGAACUUGCUGCAAAUGGCCACUUUGGGUUCCACAGGAUAACCAAGAAACACAGAAAUUCCAAGAUUAUGAAUUGCGUAUAUUAAUUUUUCUUGCAGGAGGAACUUGAGUGGUUUGAGAGGAAACAGCGUGGAAAGAAACGAAGACCAAGAAAACAAGUAGAAGAAACAGUAGAACCAACCUGGUUCCAGCGUCACGUGUUUACCAUUCUAAUGGUGUCAUUAGCAGCUGGCUUAGUUUCAGGACUUUUUGUGAUUGCAGUGACCUAAAAACCUUGAUGGGUUAAAAGAAAUGAUGAAGAAAUAACCCUGAAUUGAGGGGCACGCAACGACAAUUUUCGGAAAAUAUCUGUUCAGAAGACGAUUUGAGAUCUAGAAUUUUCGGAACAUUAAAUUUUGUUGUAAAUUUCUUGCUUGCCUGCCUCUCCUAGGAUUUUCGAACAUCUAAAAAAUGGUAUAAUUGCCUAUUUUUAUUGGAUUUUUACCCUAAAAAGGUCACCUAGAAUAUUCGGGAGCCUUUUUUCUGGCUGGAAUUUUCGAAAAGGUAAGUUUUGAUCCCUAUAAUUUUCAGAUCACUAGACUUUCAGCUAGGACAAUAUUCUCGUUGGGUGUCCCUGUGAAUUGAAGCACUUUCCACUUUUCUAUGCUCACAACACCAGUUAAUUUGAUAAAAGCAGGAGUCAUGCUAAUUUAUUGUGGGAAAGUGAAUG